AAAAGCCUUGGUUAUGGUUCUGUGAAAAAACACAUAUCAGUGUGGAUGUUCACAUACAAACAAAUGGAUCACUUUUACAAGCUAUCAGUGAGCCUGGUCCUUCUAUUAGGGGCGUGGUUAGUUAUGGUCUCUGCUGCAGGUCAUGGUCAGGGAUAUGGUCUCCAUCUUGGAUCUUCAAACAGUCAAGGAGGAGACAGAGAUGAAGUUUGCGACACUCAGUGCGAGAUAAAUGGGAUGAAAUUCGACGGCAACAGUGACUUCAGCUUGAGGAAUGGAUGUAUCGAGUACUCUAAAUGUCGUUGUUUUUGUGACGGUAAUUGGCGUUGCUAUGACGGUAUAGAUCUGUGUAACCCUGCCAACAACGCACCCGAUCCUAACGCGUGUCGAGAGUGUGAAGUCAACGGAAUCUACUAUCCCAGCAACAGUGCGUUUGACUACCGUCGGGGAUGUGAAGAGCUCACCGGAUGUUACUGUCGAUGUAACGGAUCAUGGACGUGUCAGACUGCAAGAAACACAUGUCCUAAUCGUCAGACUGGCUCGCGAGGCACCAACUAUCGAACAGGCUCAAGGACAGAGUAUUCAAGCUCAUCUUCAUCUGGAGGCAAUACCGGUCAAUUGUCCAAUAGAGAUGUUGAUUCAUCGGUUUCUGAUACAAACUCAGGGACUUUUUCAUCGUCUUCAUCAGGUAGAAAUACUGGGUCAUCAUCAUCGUCUUCAUCAGGGAGAAAUACUGGGUCAUCAUCAUCAUCGUCUUCAUCGUAUUCUUAUACGUCAUCUUCUUCGAGACAGCGAACGUCGUCGUCAUCUUCAUCAAGUGGAUCAGGUGUUGGGGUAUCCUUGGGAUCACAAGGCGGGAAUUGCAAUACAAACUGUUUAGUGAACGGCCAGGAAAUUCCACCAAACUCUUAUUUUAAGUACACAAACAGUUGUAUCGAGUACCAAUCAUGUUACUGUAGUUGUACUGGGUUCUGGCAAUGCUCCGCAGAGACGGGGAUCAACACGUGCUCAGAUUCAGACUCACGUGCUGAUCUCGGUCAGGGCGUGUUCACAGGUCGCCGGGACCAGCGAGGCUGCUUGUCCUGUGACGUCCAUGGAACGUUCCACUCACCAGAUACUUCAUUUACCUACCGGAACGGUUGCGUGGAAUGGCAAGACUGCCGUUGUGAAUGUGAUGGUGGAUGGCAAUGUCAGCCUAACCGUGCUAAGUGGAUCUGUGAAAAUGUCUGCCGACAGUGCGAAGUAGAAGGUCAGAUGUAUGACGGCAAUACGGAAUUUGUGUAUCGAAAGCAGCAAGAAUGUAUCGAAUAUGACCCAUGCAUCUGUAAUUGUGACGGUUCGUGGAACUGUCCGGCUGAAAACGGCCGUUGGAUAUGCACCGAUCGUUGUCUACAGUGUGACGUUGAGGGGCGAACGUACGAGGGAGGUACAAACUUUAAACUGCGUGAGGAUUGCUGGGAGUGGGACCCAUGUAUUUGUAGCUGUAACGGUUCUUACCGCUGUCCCAAGGAGAACGCCAAAUGGGUUUGUACUGAUCGUUGCCUAACGUGUGACGCUAAGGGAAGUAUCUACCAGGGCAAUACACAAUUCAAAAUGCAUCAAGGUUGCUACCAGUACAAUUGUGACUGUAAGUGCGACGGAUCCUGGACGUGUCCUGCCAACAGAACGAUUGACACUUGCAAUCAGAAUGCUACAACUGGCUGCUUCUAUUGUAAUGUACACGGUGAGCAAUAUCAGGGGAACUCAUUCUUCUCUCACACGGAUGGCUGUAUACGCUACAAUGACUGUACGUGUCGAUGUGACGGGUCGUGGGAUUGCCCAGGGGAGAACGCAGUGGACACAUGUAGGCAGAAUGCUACAUCUGGUUGUUACUCGUGCGAUGUGUACGGUACACGAGUAGAGGGUUAUUCCAGGUUUCAACUGGAAGAAGACUGCUGGCGCUACGAAUGCGAGUGCGAUUGUGCCGGAGGAUGGCAGUGUUCUCGUUCCCAAAUCACUUAUCUGUGUGGAUCCCAGCAACAAGUUUCUACGGGCUGCCGGGACUGUCUUGUAAGUGGAAACAGGUACGCCUCGCGCAGCGUAUUUAAUCUACAAUGGGGAUGCAUUAAUUACAGCUGUCGAUGCAGUUGUGACGGACGAUGGGAUUGCCCUGCGGAAUCUGCCACAGUGUCGUGUGCCGGUGACUACUUUGAACAGUUUCAGAUCCAGUCUGUUAGUAACAUCCCGUCUUCCUGGUGUAAGGAAUGCAUCAUCAACGGACACACAUAUCCCGGAAACUCUCAGUUCGAUUAUCGGGAAAGGUGCAUCAACCACCAUGUUAGAUGUUACUGUAAUGGAGGCUAUCGCACCUCUACUUCAGUAGACACCGAAUGCACCUCAUCAUCACGAGAUUCAACCGACAUUACUAGAACCCAGGACCGAUGUCGACGAUGUAUUAUGAAUGGAGAAACAUUUCCUUCUCGAGCACAGUUCAGCAUUGAUGUUGGUUGUAUUACGUAUCGUUGUAGAUGUAGAUGCAGUGGUUUACCGGAGUGCACCCCUGGGGGGAAUUUAGCAUGCGGGACGGCAGUAAUUGCCAGUGGAUCUAUUGGCAAUAGACCGGGAACUACCGUGGUUCGGGCGGGUGGAAGUAGCACAAGCAGCGGAAGUUCUAGUAGUAGCUCUUCGACAAGGAUAACAGGUGUUGAAGGUACAAUUGUUGACACCAGCAGGACAGUGAAUAGAGGUGGAAGUGUUCGAGUGACAAGUGGAAGCACGGCCAAUACAGGCGGAAGAGUAGUAACCACGGGUUCUACGUCAAACGGAGGCGGAAGUGUCAGAGUGACAAGUGGAGGCACGGCUAAUACAGGUGGUAGGAGAGUAGUAACCACGGGUUCUACGUCAAACAGAGGCGGAAGUGUCAGAGUGACAAGUGGAGGCACGGCUAAUACAGGUGGUAGGAGAGUAGUAACCACGGGUUCUACGUCAAACAGAGGCGGAAGUGUCAGAGUGACAAGUGGAUCAACAACAAAUAGAGGUGGUACUUUCAGGGUGACUACUGGGACAACUGGUGGACAGGGGUCUGUCGCCACUAGCGAAACAACGACUGGUGGUGGGAACACAUAUGGGGUCUUCGUAACUCCCGGGCGAAAUACAAACAGAGGUACGGUGUCUAGCAGCAGUAGGACCAUAACCACGUCAACUGUGGUCAGGGGUGGUACUAGUGGUUCAGGCGUGGUAACAGAAAAUACUGACCAAUGUAGAGUAUGUUUAGUCAACAAUGUACAAUACGCUACCAACGCACAGUUUGAGUACACCCGGGGAUGUAUCCGAUACCAGUGUACUUGUUCAUGCAGCGGAGAAGCCACUUGUAAACCAGCAGGUUUUACCGACUGUCAGAAUCAGAACAAAGGUGUGGGGUGUAGAAGAUGUGCCGUGGAGGGGAGGCGUUACCAAGCGUUGAGCCAAUUCACAUUCAGAAAGGAAUGUAACACCCUGUCGUGUUUGUGUGAAUGUAGUGGUCGAGCUGUGUGCAUCCAAACUCCUAUCCCUGGGUGUGAUCCGGAAAGCAAAGGUACCACAGACAAUAGAUGCAGAGAAUGCCGAGUAGACGGUCAAAUUUACCCACCGAAUUCUAUAUUUAAUACUCAAAGAGACUGUCUCAGGUACACAUGUCAGUGCGGUUGUAAUGGAAUUCACAGAUGCACAGCUCCUAUCAACACCUGUGGUACGUCGAUUGGUCAGCCUACACAAGUCUGUAGGGAAUGCAGAGUUGGCGGACGUACUUACACAACAAACGAGCCGCUUGUACUUGAGCGCGGUUGUUGGCGUCAGCAGUGUAUCUGCAGCUGUAAUGGUCAGCCCGAUUGCAAUAGUCAGACAGCUGAAUAUACUUGUACCGACGACGACAUAGACGACAAUGAUUGUGUGCCUUGUAAUGUGAAUGGAAUAGAUUACCCACCAAAUAGUAAGUUCGUCAAUAGAGAAGGUUGCAUUGCCUAUAAAUGUCAUUGUUUCUGUAACGGAAAUCACUACUGCGUAGGUACGGGAACGAACGUGUGUUCUGGAGGUACUGAUACUAUUGUAAAUGUUGGCCAGGAAAGUGUUGUCGGCAGUACGACCGUGCAUGUCGGUACCAGACCUUCAGGCACAAUACGCAAUAGAGGAGGAUCAAGUUCAACACGUACAGUCAUUACCACAUUGGGAACCUCCAGUAAUCGUGAUAGAAGACCGACUCGUAUAGAAACAUCAAGGACGACAACGGUACAACGAGAGGAAAUAAUGCGCCGGGAAGAAAUAGCUCGGCAAGAGGAAGCUGCCCGUCAACUCGAGAGGGAAGCAUUGAGAAGAGCACAGGAGGAAGCCGAACGUCGUAAUCGAGAAGAAAUCGAUCGCCGAGAAAGAGAGAACGCAGCCAGGCGAGUAAAUGAAGAAAAUGCACGCCGACAAAGAGAAGAAGACGCCCGUCGAGAAAGAGAAGAAUCUGAGGAACGUGAGAGGGUAAGAGCUCAGGAGGAAACUGAAAGACGUCGAGAACAGGAAGAGGCUAAAAGACGUCGAGUGCAGGAAGAAGCUGAAAGACGUCGGGUGCAGGAAGAGGCUGAACAACGUCGGGUGCAGGAAGAGGCUGAACAACGUCGGGUGCAGGAAGAGGCUGAACGACAAAAUCGUGAUGAAGUUGAACGAAGAGAAAGAGAGGAAGCUGCUCGUCGGGAAAGAGAAGAAGCAGUCCGACGGGCGAGGGUGGAAAAAAUUCGCCGAGAAAGGGAGGAAGCCAUUCGUCGAGCUAGGGAAGAAGCUGGACGUCAACAGGUAGUGGAUCGUGCUCGUGAACGUGAACGAGAUAUUGAAAGAGAACGAGAACGCCAACGAGAACGUGACAGAAUUAUCGCUGAAACUGAUGAGACAAACUGCCAAAUCUGCACAGUUGAUGGAAACAGCUACAAUGCCAAUGAUAUAUUUUACGUAGACCGACGUUGUAAACGUUAUAAAUGCACAUGCUACUGCAACGGACGCUACGCUUGUAGGACAGGAAGUCCAAUUAAUAUUUGUGACAACGAUGGGAAUGUAAUAGAGACUUUAAAAACGUCAUCGACGAUGGAUACAACGCGCACAAACAGUGGAACAAGGCGAACUGGUAGAACGGAAAAUACAUCUAGUCGAACGAUCACGACAGACAACUCAACCGGUAGAAGGAGCGGAACGGGCAGUAGUACAACACGUCGUAGAGACAAAAACCAAGGCACGCAAACAGUCACCCGAGUGGAAACUACAUACUAUGAGACAUUUGAAACCCGUCAGGGAAGUUCGGUUACGAGGAGAAAUGGCGAAGAUGUCCGGGCAGGUCGUUGUGGGCCCUGUGUCAUUAAUGGUCAGAGUUAUCCUGGCAGACGAGAAUUCCAGCUGGACGACGGCUGUAAGCGUUUUCAGUGUAACUGUAAAUGUGACGGAUCGUGGUUGUGUCCGCGACAAAAGCCUGCUCGUCUGUGCGGUUCGUCCACGUCUACAUCGACAGGAUCUUCCAAGACCGUAUCCCGGACAACGUUCUACGAGUAUGAAGUCCGACAGGGACGUUCUGAGGUAAUGAUGAGCAGUGAUGAAAUAGACGCAGGUGUUUGUGGAAUCUGCGUGGUUGACAAUCAGCCGUACAAAGGAGGAAGAGAGUUUACAUACAUUGACAGUUGCAAAAGUUUCAGAUGUUUAUGUUCUUGUGACGGUUCUUGGAACUGUCCCCGACAAAUACCCACUUGGGGAUGUCAGGAAGCGAAUUCAGAAAAUUAUCGAUCGGGUAACACACGGACAGCAAGCACUGACACAUCAAGUUCAGAGACAGUAGAAACAAGGACAACAGGAUCUCGAACAGUGAGUACUCAGACAUCGGGUUCAAGGAAGGGGGACUCCUCAUCAACAUCCUCAAGCAGUUCGGGGUCUUUUGAAAGGACUGUUUCAAGAAGUGGAUAUUCUUCUGGUGGAGAUAGGUCUUCUGGAAGCGGGUCUACGUCAGCAUCAUCGGAUUCAGUUGCUUCUUCGUCGUCAUCGACGUCCUCUUCAACUUCAUCCGAUUUCCAGUUGUUUUACUAUGAAUACGAAGAACGUCAAGGUGUCAGCGAGAUUCAGCAGAGCACAGAGGGCGAUGCCUGUGGCGUAUGUGAAGUAGCAGGAAAUAGAUAUAACGGUGGGUCGACAUUCCGGUACGACGACCAAUGUAAAGGAUUCAACUGUUCAUGCAACUGUGAUGGGUCAUGGUUGUGUCCAAGUCAGAGGCCAAGGAUCUUAUGUCCAGACCAAUGCAAGUCAUGUACAGUGAGAGAUGAGGUGCACGCAUUUAACUCCCGAUUCCUUGUGAAAUAUGACGAUUGUAGAAAGUACAUGUGCACGUGUCAUUGUAACGGUCGAUUCACAUGCUUGCAUGAUGACGUUAUCAAUGCAUGUGAGGAAGGAGGAGACACGCCAGACCAAGGCGAAGAGGAAGAACUAGCAGAAGCAUGUUCAACCUGUAUAGUAAACGAUGAAGAGCGACAACCUAAUACACGGUUUCAGUACCGCAUCGGAUGUAAACGAUUUGUGUGUACGUGCGAUUGCACUGGACACCAUGAAUGCUCGGAAGAAAACGUCUGUUCGGACGAGAGACUACGUGAGGACGGUUGUCGCGAAUGUGUUAUAAAUGGUACUCGCUUCCCACCAAAUUCACAAUUCCAGUACAUCAAAGAUUGCUACAGGUUAAAUUGUGACUGUGCGUGCGAUGGAUCCUACGAUUGUCCUAGUCGCAACACAGAAUACGUGUGUGAUGGCGGUUGUCAGCAGUGUUUGGUGAACAACCAAGCUUAUCGUGGGAAUACGCAAUUUCAGUAUGAAGACGACUGUUAUCGGUACAGCUGUAAUUGUAGUUGUGACGGGUCCUUCAACUGUCCGUCAGACAGGACUGUCAAUAUUUGUAAUGAGCCUGUCAACUGUAGGAAAUGUCAUGUUAACGACGAGUCGUAUGACCCGGAUACGUUCUUCCAAUAUGAUGAAGGUUGUCACCGUUUCAGUUGUGACUGUUUCUGUAAUGGAUCUUAUAACUGCCCUGCGAGUCGGACAGAGAACAUGUGUGGAGCAGCGGUGGGAUCCGGGCCAUGCACUCAGUGUGUUGUAAAUGGAACAAUACAACAACCAAACACGGACUUCUAUUAUACAAACGAUUGUGUGCGCUACCGCUGUCAUUGUGGUUGCAAUGGUGCAUGGGACUGUCAGUUCGAAUCAGCAAUUCCAAACUGUCAGAAAACUGUUAAGACUAGUGAUAUAGACGACAGGCAACCAGUUAGACGACGAUGUCGCGCAUGCGUAGUAGAUGGUCGACGCUAUCGUCCCAAUAGUCGAUUUCAGUAUACAAAGGGAUGUGACCGGUUCGAAUGUAACUGUGGUUGCGAUGGCUCGUUCAACUGUCCCGCUAAUCUGACGCGUAACGUCUGUGGAGGUGAUCGCAAAUGUAAAGACUGUCGAGUUCGCGGAACGAAAUAUUCCGGCAACUCUGUGUUUGUGUUACGUGAACGCUGUCUUCAGUACCGCUGUUUCUGUAGCUGCAACGGAGAAUGGGAUUGUCCAGCAGACCGAGCCGUCGACACCUGUACUGGGCAAAGUUAACUACUCUUACAUGCUUACAUGUAAUUUCUGUAGCAAUGGCUAGGUUUAUGUAUGUACACACUAGACAUAUGUCACUUUCGUACACGUGCACUAGACAAAGGGAAUCAUAGAUUAUGUUAGAUGUGUAAACAGCUAUGCAGGUACAUCGGAAUUUGUUCCAUUGACACAAAAUUCGCUCCAUCUACAUGUAAACUGAAAGGAAGUUUAGCAAUUAUAAAAUCUCUCAUUUAAUAGAUUAUCUAUAAAUGUAUGUUGGGAAAGGCAAUUAACUCUGAUAUCGGUUAGUUAGGGGUUUUACUGGCGUGUUCAAUUUACCGAAUAUCAUUUAAGUGUUCGUGUAGUGGUCACAUACAUCAACAAAUUCACGAACAAGGUUUGCCCAGUGCACAAGGAAGGUGUUUUUUUGGGAAGGGGGAAGGGGGUGGUUUCAACUUAUACAGAAGGUGGGGGAAGGUACUUGGUAUAUCUUAUAUAUCUUAAUGAUAAUAAUAAGUAGCUUUGGAGAAUAUAUGUAUACAAGUAGUAGGCGUUCGCUUCUUGGGAGUUUUUUUUUUUUUU